AUGCCCGAGACGAAACCCGCGUGGGACGAGCGGACGACGCUUCUCCGGCCGCCGCCACCGGAUCCGAACAAGGCGCCGAUUGAAAAUGUGCUCGAGGUGACGGAGCUGGCCAUCCUGGGACCAGACAUCUUCACCAACGCGCGCGAGCCGUGGCACCCGCCCGGCGCCCGCGGCAUCUACGGCGGCUCCGUCAUCGCGCAGUGCCUCGCCUCCGCGCAAAAGACCGUCCCCGCCGACUUCCUCGUGCACUCGUGCCACUGCUACUUCCUCCUCGCCGGCUCCGGGACCACGCCGAUCCUGUUCCACGUCGAGCGCGUGCGCGACGGGCGCUCCUUCGCCACGCGCACCGUGCAGGCGCGCCAGCGCGGCCGCUGCAUCUUCACCACCACCAUCUCGUUCACGCUCGAGGGCAGCGCCGGCGAGGGCCAGGUGCACCACGCGGCGGCGCUCCCCGAGGGCGUGGCGCUCCCGCCCAGGGACUGGGACGAGGAGGCCGAGUGGGAGAAGCACGGGCCGGUGCAGACGCUGACGGUGGCGCGCGGGGAGGAGGACGACGAGCGGGUGCCGCUGGAUCGCCGGCGGCACAUGCGGUGGUCGCGGAUGCGCGGGACCAUCUCGGAGGCGGGCGGGCACCAGGCGCACCUGAACGCGCUGGCGUACAUGUCGGACAGCUGGUUCAUCGGGACGGUGUCGCGGCUGCACCGGCUGUGGCGGAUGCCGUUCGCGCCGUCCGACGUGGCGGAGCUGCCGGACAGCGUGCGCGCGCAGGUGACCAGCAUCCUGGCGGGGGACGGCUUCACAGAAGCAGACGGGCCGGCGGCGUGGGAGGAGCGGCCGCGGCUGGGGAUGAUGGUGAGCUUGGACCACAGCAUCUAUUUCCACGCGCCGCGGAGGGUGCGCGCGGACGAGUGGAUGCUGAGCGAGAUGCAGAGCCCGUGGAGCGGUGAUGGGAGGGGCUUCGUGGUGCAGAAGAUCUUCGCGGCGGACGGCACGCUGCUGGCGAGUUGCAUGCAGGAGGGCGUGGUGAGGCUGGACAGCAAGGGGAGGGAGAAGGGGGCCAAGAUGUGA